UUCCCGAAUUUACUAAAUUAAAAGGAAAUUAAAUUUAAAUAAUGAAACAAUAGAAAAGCAAGUCCGAUACAGUGUUAAACGAGGGAACUAAUGUUAACCUUAAAAGUAGGUGUAUAUACCCUGAAUGUUCUCGCGAGAAACUAAACAUAGCUGUACCGCCCAGUGACACCGCUGAAGUACUGCCGACAGGGACUGAUACUCAAUACAGGACUACAAACAUGGCGUCCAAAGAGGAUAAGGAAGAAACUCCGGAACGAGGGAACUGGACAGGAAAGCUGGACUUUUUACUGUCGUGUAUCGGAUACGCCGUGGGACUAGGAAACGUGUGGAGGUUUCCUUAUCUCUGCUACAGGAAUGGAGGGGGAGCGUUCUUGGUGCCGUACGCCAUUAUGUUGUUCGUGGCUGGCUUGCCUCUGUUUUUCAUGGAGCUGGGUUUGGGUCAAUUCUGCUCCCAAGGACCCGUCACCGCCUGGGCUAUGAGCCCCUUCUUUAUGGGUAUCGGGUGGGCCAUGAUCAUGAUUAGUGCUAUGGUGUGUACGUACUACAACGUCAUCAUCAUGUACUCCGUCUACUACAUGUUCGUCUCCUUCGUGAACCUUGACGACGAGUUACCAUGGCAACGAUGUGGAAAAUCGUGGAACACCGAGAAAUGCCGUGACGAGCCCUUCCCAAUGAUGGACAACAUGAACGAAACUAGCAAGAUGACCGCCAUGCUUGGACUCAAGGACCAGACAUGUCUGUCGGGUUUGCUUGCAAACAUCAGCGCCAUCGUCAACCAGACCUACAAUGCCAUCGGAGACCUGAAUUCUACACUCCUGACUGAUCAUACCGACAGUUGUGAUAUCAAAUUCACGACGCCAAGCGCCGAGUUCUGGAACCGGUACGUGUUGAGGACACAGGAGGCCGACGGUCUGGAGAUGAUUGGUGGAGUUAGCCUGAAGAACGUCCUCUGUCUCCUCAUCUGUUGGGUCUUCAUCUUCUUCUGUCUCAUGGGCGGAGUCAAGUCUUCGGGCAAGGUUGUGUACUUCACGGCUACAUUCCCCUACGUCAUCCUCGUCAUCCUGCUGAUCCGAGGUGUAACGCUGCCCGGAUACGAAAAGGGGAUUGAGUUCUACAUCAUUCCGAAAUGGGAGCUUCUAAAGAACCCAAAGGUUUGGGGAGACGCUGCAACACAGAUUUUCUAUUCGCUAGGUCCAGCCUGGGGUGGUCUUCUCACCAUGGCCAGCUACAACAAAUUUAACAACAAUUGUAUGAGGGACGCCUUCAUCGUGGCUUUCAUCAACUGUGGGACCAGCGUGUUUGCCGGGUUCGCCAUUUUCUCCUUGUUGGGAUAUAUGUCCCAUGUGACCAACGUUCCCGUAGACCAGGUGGCUGAUAGCGGUCCCGGGUUGGCGUUCGUAGCGUACCCUGAGGGGAUUGCCAAGCUACCAAGCCCUCCGAUAUGGGCGUUCCUCUUCUUCUUCAUGUUGUUCACCCUCGGAUGUGACUCACAGUUUGUAAUGAUGGAGACCGUACUCAGCGGUAUAUCUGACGUCUUCCCCAAACAACUCCGUUCCAGGAAGGUGCUCUUCACGUUUGUCGGAUGUAUGAUUGGGUUUUUACUGGGAAUUCCACAGACGACCAAGGGCGGUAUAUACUUACUCACCCUGGUCGACUGGUACUCCGGAAGUUACAACCUCAUGAUCGUCAGUUUAUGUGAAGUUAUAUGCAUAUGCUAUGUUUACGGUGUCAACCGAUUCCGCAGAGACAUGGAGAUGAUGCUCGGGAAGACAAGUCCUAUCCUUUGGGCAUAUUUCUAUGCAACGUGGUGUUUUAUAACGCCACUCGCUAUUGGUUUUAUCGUUCUCAUGAUGGCCAUUAACUAUUCUCCCGCUUACAUGGGUGAUUACACAUUCCCAACAUUCGCCGAGGCGCUUGGCUGGCUCAUGGCGCUGUCUCCUGUGCUGCUUAUCCUCAUAGGUUUUGUUGUACAGUCUAUAAGGAAAGGAGGGAUCCGUAAUGCACUGAAGAUCGAGCCCCAAUGGGGCCCUGCUUUAGACGAGGACCGCACUGGGGCGUAUUCUCCUCUCAGUGGAAAUUUCUCGUCAAUCAAUGGAGACUUUCCUACAGUCGCCUAUGAUAACGGCAAGGGCAACCUCAAGCUCGGCGCAGACAACAUGGCUUACCGAGGGGAGAAAAUGUAACGACAGUAGGGGAACUUCGCGGAACGGUUACAUGGUCACCAUGGGAACAUAAGUUAACCAAUUACAGCAAUGGUCAAUACAGAUCACAACAUCGUGCAAUAUCGGACACGUGACGUUACUGAAAAGGUUUUAAAUAACAAUAACUCAAAUAGAGCGUUUUCAUUGGAAGAAAACAAGUGGUUACCAUGGAGAUGGAAUUAUUUGGCGUUCACAACAGCGUUCAUACCUAAAGUGUAUAAAUAACUAUAUUAAUCAGAUAAACGCGCCUUGAUCUGGACCAAGAAUAGUUGAGGAUUGAAGUUCAUCAGAUACAUAUUCCGCUUUGGAUCUAAUCAAAUGUGAUAUGAAGCAAAUGUGCACUUAUUGUAUAAACAUUAAAAAUCCUACUCAUGAAAUAGACAGUGACAUAUUGGUUACUGGCCAACAACAUUAUCCAUUGAUUUCGUUACCAUCACUGGGUCUUAAAAUGUUCAGCAACCCCAAUAUCCGGUGGUGUAUUAGUGAGGUUUUUUUUAACAAAACUGUGUUAUAUUAAUACAAUUGUAAACCUAACAUGUUACAAAAAUUGUCCGAUGACAAUUAUACUUAACCGUUAAUAACAUAAUAUAUUGAGCAUUUAUAUAUGUUUCCUUUUGAAUUGAACAUUAUUUGUGUUUCACAAAUAGGACUUGUUUUAAUCAUUCAAGUCGGAAGAUAAAUGGUGACUGUCUUACAGUGAUAAUGAAGACGGAAGGACAACACUGUGAAACGGAAAACACCAAAAGGAGAUUACGAAUGACAAUACUUUGAAAUACAUAAGUUCAGAAAGAGGCUACGAAUGACAACACUGUGUAAAAGAAAAAACGUCAAAAAAGGGGUUACGAUUGGCAGUACUGUGUGUAUUGGGAAACAUAAAAGAGAGGUUACAAAUAGUAAACACUAUGAAACGGAUAACAUCAAAAUACUUUUGACAUCGCUGUGUAAAGGAAAACUGUAAAGGAAAACAUCAUAGAGAUUUUAUGAAUGGCAAUUCUGGGUGAAACGAAAAGCAACAAAAGGAAGUAGCAAAUGGCAAAUACUAGAUUAAACGGAAAACAUCAAAGGGAGAUAACUAUUGGCAAUAUUUCAAAACGGGAAAAAAACAAAGAGAGGCUUCGAAAAAUGAAAAUGUGGGAAACGGAAAACAUGAAACGUAGGUUACGAAUAACACAAACUGUGUGACACGAAAAAAUGAUUACGAUUAACAACACUGUGUAAAGGAAAACAUCAGAAGGAGGUUACGAAUAGCAAUAUUGAGUGAUUGUGUAAGGGACAACGUCCAAGAGUUUACGAAUGGCAAUACUGUGAAAUGGAAAAUAUCAAAAGGAAGCAAUAAAGUGUGUUACAGUAAACGUCAAUAAAAAGAUACCACUGGUAAAAUUGUGAAACGUUAACUUCAAAGAGGUUCCAAAUGGCAUUAUAGAAUACAUAAAGAGGUAACGAAUGACAAUGACUUCAUAUGCUGUUUAACAGAAGACGUCUUCCUUAAUUACAGUAUAAAUGAAGUUCCACUACUAAUAUACUAUUUGCUUUAUACUUAUGUUUUUUUCUCCUGAAAAGGGAUUUAGGUAGUUUUCUAAACUUCAAAUAGAAACGGAACGAUCUUGAUAUUACUUAUCUAUGCAAAAUAUAUAUUUAUGAUGGCAAAAAAGCAGAGUUACUUAUAAAACUAUUACAUUACGCUAAGCGAUACUAGUAUGCAAAAGUCAUAGUUUAUCCUGUAAUUCUUUUUGUGCCAUUGGUCUUCUUUUAUCAGUUAUGAUGUAAAUCUGAAAGGUUAUACGUUUUGACAUUCUUUAUACUACAAAAUGGCGGAUGCACGUCCUCAUAUUGAGGAUUUAAGGUCAAAGUUCAAAAUUUUAACCAAUCAAACUGACGGAAGAUAUUAAUCAACCGUUUGAUAAAUACUUAUUGCUGAUGAUUAAAAGAUUACAUUGGAGUUAAUGAUUAGGGCAUUUGUGAAGAAAAUACAACACUCAAUAGAUAUUACUGCCGGUAGUCCAUGUAUUCUGAGUGCGAAAAUGAAAGGGAGUCGGAACACUGGACCUCCGUUUAUUAUAUUAUACUGUCACUUAAACCUACCGAUAUCAUCCUGAACCCGUCAAGCUAUAACUAAAUGUAAAACGAAAUUCAAGGGAGGUUACUAUACGUAUGAACAUUAUCUCGUGUUUUGCCUGCAGCGGGAAAGGGAUCCUUCAAGUAUAUAUUUUUUUAAAUAUAAUAAUAUAAAAUAUAAAAUAUAAAAGUAGUGUUUUUACUUCAUACUUCAUAAUAUUGCAUAAUAUGUACAAUUUGUCAAUUUCAUUUAAGUGAUCUUAGAGCUGGAGGAGGAGGGGAGAGGAAGGGGAGACCGAGUGGGAAAGAGAACUGAGAGUAGGGAGUGUGACUUUGACAUGUCAAAGUGAGGCUCGUUUAGAAACAUAAAACAUUCCCAAUGUGUAUUGUAAAGUAGUUUACAGAGAAAUCAUUUGUUUACAAAUAUAUUUACAUAUCCAACUAUUUUUUCACGUUUCAAUAAACGUUUAUUUUUGUCUCCUUUUUAUAUUAAAUAAAAGGUAUUUUCUGUA